AUAAAAUAUUGCCCUGCGUUACUCGCUUUUAUUAAAGCUAGAAAAUAAAGUGAAAAUAUUUCUCGUUCAGAAACGCUUAUAGUCAGCAGUAAGUUGAUUAGGGAAUUUCCAACCAAAUGAGCUUUUAGCAACCUCAAAGGCCUACUGCAGUCGCUUUGUGAUUACCAUUUAUUCUACCUACUACUUGAUAGGAUUGUCAGGUCAUUAUUCAGCAGUACAUCGCUUAAACUUGGAACAACCGGGAGAGUACUUCCAAGAUAAUGCCACUUGCUAUGACUUUCUGCCCUAUUACUAUUACAUCCCUUUCGAAACGUAUACAGUCAGAAGAUGCAAGGAUGCACUUCUUUUGAUGGAUGUUGGACUUUUCCUCAUAUGCGGGUUUACCGCUGCUUAUGAUUCGUUGUUCAGCAGUUUAUUACUCCGCCUACAAACAAAUAUAGAAAUCCUAUCAGAAGCGAUAAGAACUGUUAGAGAAAGAACACUUGAAAAAUUUAAUGUGCCAGAAGAUUGUAUUGUAUUUCAAGACGAGAAUGGUUCAUCACUAGAGUGUGAAUUGUACAAUGAAAUCAAGAAAUGUAAUCUCCAUUUGUUGUUUCUUUUGAGGAUAUGCGAAGAACUAGAGGAAAUGUUUACGUUCACGACGUUAUUGGCUAUGCUGACAGGUACCAUAGCAAUAGCCUCCAAUUUAUUCAUUGUAUCGAAAAUGUCAGUGGCAGAUCCAGAAUUCCUCUCUCUCGCGGAGUACAUCAUUGCUCUCCUGAUCCAGUUUAGCAUGAUGUGUUAUUAUGGAAGUCGUGUUACAGAAGCGUGUUUUUCAUUUCGAGGAAGCUUAUACGAAUGCGAAUGGUACAAAUGCAGCAAAAGAUUCAAGACCUGCAUCCUAAUCAUGAUGAUGAGAAUGGAUAAGCCGAUAUACUUGACAGCUGCGAAAUUUUUUCCUCUUAAGCUGUCUACAAUAAUUUCGGUUUUGAAAGGAUCAUAUUCUUACGCAGCAAUGUACAGAACAGUUGGCUAAGUAAUCAAUAAUUGCAUUAAAGUUCCUUCAGUCGUGUUGUUUUAUAGAGAUGUAUGGAAAAUUAAAUGUAAGAAAACAAAUGACGAAAAUGUUAUAUUAUUAAGAUAAUCUUUUA